AUGUUGGAAACAAUUGAUACACAUCGGGCCCUCCAGGCCAUGGAGCGCUUACAGGCAAAACUUCGGGAUCGAGGUGACGUUGCAAAUGAGGAGAAACUGAGCUUAUUAAAAUCAGUGCUACAGAGUCCGCUCUUUAACCAAAUUCUCAACCUUCAGACUUCUGUUCAACAACUGAGAGAUCAGGUAAAUAUUACACCUUCCAUACAUUCCACUGGUGAAUUCCCCCAGCUUCUCCAUCAUGGUGUGAACGUGGGGUCCUUGCCACAUAAUGAGUCAUAUUUGUUGGCUCAGCAGAAUUCCAGCCCAGCUAAUGUGCUAGAAGCAUCGAUGAGAUCCAUUACUCCUCAGAUUAAUGGGAAGUCCUCUAGUGAUGACUUUGAGCAGCUGAUCAGAAAUAUGUCCCAGGGUCGUCUUGUUGAGACCAUUGAGCUUAUUAAACCUUUAAGUGGUGGUCUGGGCUUCAGUGUCGUGGGACUUAAGAGUGAAAACAGGGGAGAACUAGGAAUAUUUGUGCAAGAAAUCCAGGAGGGAAGUGUGGCACAUAGAGAUGGAAAGCUGAAGGAAGCAGAUCAAAUCCUUGCUAUUAAUGGACAAGCCCUUGAUCAGACAAUUACACAUCAACAGGCUAUCAGCAUCCUACAGAAAGCAAAAGAUAAUGUCCAGCUAGUUGUGGCCAGGGGCACUUUCCCUCAGCUCAUCAGUCCUGUAGUUUCCCGGUCUCCAUCUGCUGCUAGCACAGCUUCAGCCCAUUCCAACCCGGUUCACUGGCAGCAUGUGGAGACCAUUGAGUUGGUGAACGAUGGCUCAGGUCUGGGAUUUGGGAUAGUGGGAGGAAAGUCAACUGGCGUGAUUGUUAAAACCAUCCUCCCAGGAGGGGUGGCUGAUCAGCAUGGGAGAUUGUGUAGUGGAGACCACAUCUUGAAAAUUGGCGAUACGGACCUGGCUGGAAUGAGCAGUGAGCAAGUGGCACAAGUUCUGAGGCAGUGUGGAAAUCGAGUGAAACUGGUAAUUGCAAGAGGUCCUAUUGAGGAGCCACCUCCACCAGCAGUCCCUCCAGGUACACCGGUACCCAUCUCCACACCAGAGAAACAGGCAGAUGCUUCUGUUGAUAGCUGUGAAGAUGGGGAGAAAUUUAAUGUUGAACUCACUAAAAACAACCAGGGAUUAGGAAUAACUAUUGCGGGUUACAUUGGAGACAAAACAUCAGAAGCUUCUGGUAUCUUUGUGAAAAGCAUUACAAAAGGCAGUGCUGUUGAACAUGAUGGCAGAAUCCAUGUGGGAGAUCAAAUUAUAGUUGUGGAUGGAACAAAUCUUCAGGGUUUUACUAACCAGCAAGCAGUUGACGUUCUGCGGCACACGGGACAAACGGUUCGGCUCACUCUGAUAAGAAGAGGGCUUAAGCAGGAAAAUCAUAUUCAGCCCCAGGAGGACUUCAGUGCUGCUGUUGAAAAGGACUUACUGUUCCAAACUACGGAUAGUAGCACAGCCAAAGAUAACAGUGAAAUAGAACAGGGAUCCCCAUCACUGUCAUGCAGUGCCAGUGUGGUAAAUAUUGGGGAGGACGUGAAACAACAGGAAACAGAUUUCCAGCUAACUACUACAGAAGAAGCAGCUACGAAGGCAAAGUGGCAGAGGAUUAUGGGUUCAAAUUAUGAAAUAGUGGUGGCUGUAGUUAACAAAUUUAGCGAAAGCAGUGGGUUAGGGAUAAGCCUUGAAGCUACAGUGGGACAUCAUUUCAUCAGAUCUAUCUUACCGGAGGGGCCAGUUGGACGAAGUGGCAAGCUGUUCAGUGGAGAUGAGCUGCUGGAAGUGAAUGAGAUCUCUUUGCUUGGAGAAAACCACAAGGAUGUGGUCAAUAUCUUGAAAGAACUGCCUAUUAAGGUGACAAUGGUGUGCUGUCGUCCAGUAGCUCCCCCCAUUGCUCACCCAGAAGUGCUGGAGAGUCUAAGUCUAUCUGAGGUUCAGCUCACAGAAAAGGCUCACGUAGAACUUGGACUUACUGGCUCCUCAGACACAGAGGGAACACCUUUGGCAAUAGCUGACGAGGGUCAGAGUAUGGAAGAGGUGCAAAGCUCGUCCUUGGCCAUGUGGGAAACAGAAGUACAGCACAUUGAGCUGGAGAAAGGGAGUAUGGGACUUGGAUUUAGCAUAUUGGACUACCAGGAUCCUGUUGAUCCAGCAAACACCGUAAUUGUGAUUCGCUCAUUAGUUCCUGGGGGUGUGGCUGAACAAGAUGGCAGACUUCUUCCCGGAGAUCGGCUUAUGUUUGUCAACGAUAUCAACUUGGAAAAUGGCAGCCUAGAAGAAGCGGUACAAGCACUGAAAGGAGCCCCAGCAGGAACAGUUAAAAUAGGAGUUGCCAAACCACUGCCUCUUUCACCAGAGGAGGGCUAUGUCUCUGCUAAGGAAGAUUGCUUUUUCUACACUGCCCAAUCACUUGAGGAGGAGGGGCCAGCUGAUGCAGCCCUCUUCCAUGCUGAGCUGGCUCUGGUGGACUCUGGCGAGGCAGAUCUAGCGGAUGAGUCCACCUUUGAAUCGCAGUAUUUGCCAGAGAGUGACGUCUUCCAGGCUUCAAUGAUAGCUCUGCAUGGCAGUGCCGGUAGCGGUGAGCUGAACUACAGCUUCUCUCUUCCAUUGUCAACUCCCAAGUCUGUUGGAGAGGAAUGUUCAAAUGCUGUAGCUGAUUUCUGUGUAACUGACAAGAACCUGUUCAACAUGGAUCUGAAUCAGAGAGUGAGAGAGCAAAAGUCUGGGGGCAAUAGCCUGGAAACUACAACUGGUUUUACUAAAACGGAUCUUCUGCCUCUGGAUGUUUCGGAUACCAACCAAAGUGAAAGUGAAAACACAGCAACGUGGACUGGAUCUCAGACAACAGCAGAAAUUGCACGAAGUACAAGCCUUGCUACUACCAUGCAGCUUGAUCCCACUGGAAAAGAUCAAGUGCUUUUAAUGGAAAAGAGAUGCCCAGUAUCUUUGGAGGGAAGUUCCGCAACCCCAAAUUCGGUCAAGAACAUGUAUGAGAAGACUAUCACUAUUGCAAAAGGCAAUUCAAGUCUAGGCAUGACAGUAAGUUCCAAUAAAGAUGGCUCAGGAAUGAUAGUCCGCAGCAUCAUCCAUGGAGGCUCAAUAAGUCGUGAUGGACGGAUUGGUGUGGGGGACUGCAUCCUCUCCAUUAAUGAAGAGUCAACCACUAACUUAACCAAUGCACAAGCCCGGGCUAUGCUAAGGAGGCAUUCGCUCAUUGGACCAGAUAUAAAUAUUACGUAUGUGCCAGCAGAAAAUUUAGACGAGUACAGGGCCAGUUUGGGACAACAGACAGAGGGAUCUGUGCCACUUGAACUUUUUCCUUCACAUGGUGUCAGGGAACUCCCAGAGCUUCCAGAACGUGAAGAGGGGGAGGGAGAAGAAAGUGAGCUUCAGAAUGCAGCUUUCAGUAACUGGAACCAGCCCAGAAAGGUUGAACUCUGGAGAGAGCCUAGCAAGUCACUGGGCAUUAGCAUUGUUGGAGGACGAGGGAUGGGGAGCCGUCUAAGUAAUGGAGAAGUGAUGAGAGGGAUCUUUAUCAAGCACAUCCUGGAAGACAGCCCAGCUGGCAAAAAUGGAACACUGAAAACCGGAGAUCGGAUUGUGGAGGUGGAUGGAACUGAUCUCAGAGAUGCCAGCCAUGAACAAGCUGUGGAAGCCAUACGGAAGGCAGGCAAUCCUGUAGUCUUUAUGGUACAGAGCAUUAUAAGCAGACCAAGGGCAUUCUGUCAGUCGGAUUCAGAGCCAGAAAAGACUUCGCUUUGUAACUUGCCUCUGCCCCCUCCUUCAGCAUUUUCAGGAAUGAGCUGUGAUGUUGUACAGUCAUCUUCUAUCAGAGUCCCAGAGGAUGUGGAGAGGGAGGAUGAGUUCGGUUACAGCUGGAAAAAGAUCGUGCAGCGCUAUGGAAAUCUACCAGGAGAGCUACACAUGAUUGAGCUGGAAAAAGGAAGGACCGGUCUGGGACUUAGUCUUGCUGGUAACAAAGACCGAUCCAGGAUGAGUGUCUUUAUAGUGGGAAUUGAUCCAAAUGGAGCAGCUGGCAAAGAUGGCAGGUUACAGAUUGCAGAUGAGUUACUAGAGAUAAAUGGGCAAAUACUCUACGGAAGGACGCAUCAGAAUGCUUCCUCAAUAAUCAAAUGUGCACCAUCUAAAGUAAAAAUAAUCUUUGUCAGAAAUAAAGAUGCGGUAAAUCAGAUGGCUGUUUGCCCUGGAAAGUCAGUGGAGGCUUCACAGUGUACUUCAGGGACACUUCAACAUCAAGAGAUUGAUAUCAGUGCUGCAAACUCCGGUGCUUGUUCUGACUUCAGUUCAUGUAAAAACAUUCAAUAUGUAGAACUCCCUAAGGAUCAAGGAGGCUUGGGAAUUGCCAUUAGUGAAGAAGACACAAUUAAUGGAGUAGUUAUUAAGAGCUUAACAGAUCAUGGUGCAGCAGCAAAGGAUGGACGAAUAAAAGUUGGAGAUCAGAUCCUGGCAGUGGAUGAUGAAAUUGUUGUGGGAUAUCCAGUAGAAAAGUUUAUUAGUCUCCUGAAGACAUCCAAAACUAUGGUGAGGCUUACUAUCAACUCGGCAGAGAUGGGUAGCCUGACUGCAGCACCGGUCCCUUCCAGCACUGCCCCAGCAGAGAGGAGGAAUAUGCAGCCACCAGCAACUGUCCCCUCUUCCAGCUCACCGGAACCAGAAGCAGUCAAAAAUACAAGCAGAUCUUCAACUCCAGCCACGUUAGCCUCUGACCCAGCUACUUGUCCCAUCAUUCCUGGAUGUGAAACAACCAUUGAUAUCUCCAAAGGGCGGACUGGUCUUGGCCUGAGCAUUGUUGGAGGAGCAGACACUUUGCUGGGGCAAAUAUCAUGUUUUCAUUUUAGUAAAGCUAUUGACACUGCUUCAUAUAGCUUUAUAGCUUUCUUACAAGCAAGGAAGGAAAGCAUGCUCUCGAUGAAGUUACUAUUAGUACACGAUGAAGCGAUAAAUGUCCUCCGACAGACUCCCCAAAAAGUCCGUCUGACUGUGUACAGAGAUGAGGCCCAGUACAAGGAGGAAGACAUGUAUGAUGUACUCAAUAUAGAGCUCCAAAAGAAGCCUGGCAAAGGCCUUGGGCUGAGUAUUGUUGGGAAAAGAAAUGAUACGGGCGUGUUUGUGUCAGACAUCGUCAAAGGAGGAAUAGCAGAUACAGAUGGGAGAUUGAUGCAAGGAGACCAGAUACUGACAGUGAAUGGAGAAGAUGUUCGAAAUGCUAACCAGGAGGCUGUUGCAGCUUUGCUAAAGGUCAGUGAAGGAAGUGGCAGUCUCUCAUCAUUCAGUUUUCCGGUUUCUGGGUCCAGUGCACCUGAGGUCUUUGAAAGUGGUCUGAAGAAGAAUACCACAGCUUCUGAAAUACAGGGACUAAGAACAGUUGAAAUAAAGAAGGGCCCUGCAGAUUCACUAGGAGUGAGCAUUGCUGGAGGUGUAGGAAGUCCUCUUGGAGAUGUUCCUAUAUUUAUUGCCAUGAUGCAUCCGAAUGGAGUUGCAGCUCAGACUCAGAAACUCAGAGUUGGGGACAGGAUUGUGAGCAUCUGUGGAACAUCUACUGAGGCCAUGACUCACUCCCAAGCUGUUAGUCUCUUAAAAAAUGCUUCAGGCACUAUUGAGUUGCAGGUGGUAGCUGGAGGAGAAGUAAGUGUCAUAACUGGUCAGCAGCAGGAUCCACCUACGUCCAGUCUUUCCUUUGCGGGACUAACUUCAACCAGCAUUUUUCAGGAUGAUUUAGGACCUCCUCAGUAUAAGACCAUUACUCUGGAUAGAGGACCAGAUGGCCUAGGCUUUAGUAUUGUGGGUGGUUAUGGCAGUCCCCAUGGAGACUUACCCAUAUAUGUGAAGACAGUGUUUGCAAAGGGUGCAGCAGCAGAAGACGGACGCCUGAAGAGAGGAGAUCAAAUCAUUGCUGUGAAUGGGCAGAGUUUAGAAGGGGUGACCCAUGAGGAAGCGGUUGCUAUUCUGAAAAGGACAAAAGGAACAGUCACUUUGACUGUUUUGUCAUGAACUGGCUGCCCAGAGGGGUAGGGUCAAUAAGGCUAUAUUAUUUACAUUCCGCACAGCAAAGAGAAUGGAAAUGUUUAUAUAGCCUUCUUGCCCUUCCAGCUUCACAGGACUGUGUUACAACGCUGAAGAAAAAUAACAUUUAACCGUAUUUUUGUAUAUAAUAGAAGUAUUUCUCUCACUGUUAAACCACUGGGAUGGAGUUAUGUCAACUGCAGAAAAACAUGGAUAUUUUUCCUAGUAGUAUUAUAAAGAAUGCUUGUAAGC